ACCCGAAUGGACACGGCACUAGAAUUCCGAUUUUCUAAGUGAGAUAGACGAUGUUUGCGGACGUGUGUGAGCAGACUGUCUUCCGUAAGACAGUAAGAAGCCAUCACUACAUGCAUCGGCGCAGAAGAAGAAGCCCGUAAUCAAUUAAGCAAGCCAUCUUGAAUUUUACAGUCGCAAUUGUGAAAUGUGUGUGCGCUCUGCACGAGGGUCGUGAGACGAUAGUGGAAUUCGGCUGAUUAUCUCUCCACUCCUGGACAUCGAUGGUCAAUGCCUUGCAAUGUUGAAUACAUUGUCCUUGAAGAGAUCGCGUGCUUAGACAUUUCUUUUCCGAGUUGAGAGUUAACGGAAAAGAUGGUGGAACCGAAAUUGCGGCUGAUGAACUUUGUCCCCGAAAGUCAGGGGGAGGAGAUACCUGACUCUGGGGGCACUCGAACGGGAGCUGGAUUUGACAACAGGCCACUUUUUGAGAUACUGAAAGAUAACAAGGAGAAAAAAGAUGCUGAAUUUCACGAGCGUUUCAAACACCGCCCCCCGAAAGCACUGGACGACGAUGAGACCGAGUUUUUGGAGAAUGUGGAGAUGAUGAAAAGGGAGCAAGAGCGCCAGCAAGUGGAGGAGGAGAAACUUCAACUCAUUAAUUUUCAAACUGAAAUACUCAACAGAACUAUUUCUGCCGAAGAACCCAAAACCAUAAAUGCUAUACAGCAAGAGCUGCAGGAAGUUCCUGCAAGGAACAAGCGACCCUUACAAGCCCGAGUACUACCAGUGGCCGUGAAGAUCAAGCCAAUCCCAAAAAGGACCAAGACCGAAGGCUUCGCCUGCAAAGAAAUCAACCUCGAAAAGUUUGAAGUAGAUCAAUCGCCCGUGCAAAAAGAGAAUAAGAACAAGGACCCAAGUAGAAAGGAGGACCUAUCAGUCAAUCUCUUACCAGGAGGUUUGCUAGGAUUGGUGUCCUAUGGUGAAUCGGAUGAUGAUUGAGAAUAUUGUAUACACAAAGUUUAAAAAACAAGUUCCUCAUCAGGGAAUUCGAUCGA